AUGUCUACUCAAAACGUCAUCCGACUCACUUCCCAGGGCUCCUGGGAGAAUCUUGCCCACUUCAAAGAGCCCAUUCCUUCAGCUGGCAAGCAUGAAGUACUCAUUGCGGUCAAAAGUGUGUCAUUAAACUUCCGCGACAUUGCUAUCGCAACUGGAAAAUAUCCGUUCCCCGUCAAGGAAAACGUCGUUCCUGGUUCGGAUGCCGCCGGCGACGUUGUUGAAACAGGUGAGGGGGUGUCUGGUUUCAAACGUGGUGAUAAGGUCAUUGUUGCCUUUGACCCCACUACAUUGUAUGGGCCGAUCAAGAAUUGGGGCAAUGGCUUGGGUGGCCCCGUCGACGGUGUUUUGAGAGAAUACAUUUCAGUCCCGGCUCAGGCUGUCGUGAAAAUUCCUGAAAACUCAACGCUCAGUUAUGCCCAGUGGGCCAGUGUUGUUUGCACUGGUACCACAGCCUGGAACUCGUUGUAUGGAAACAACCCUUUGAAGCCGGGACAGACCGUUCUGUUCCAAGGCACAGGUGGCGUAUCUAUCACCGGUCUUAUGUUGGCAAAGGCUGCAGGUGCUAAGACCAUUAUCACAUCUUCUUCUAACGAGAAGCUCCAGCAUGUGAAGGCCCAGUACGGUGUUGACUACACUAUCAACUAUAAGGAGACCCCCGACUGGGCUGCUGAGGCUCAAAAGAUUACCGAUGGACAGGGGGUCGACUUCAUUCUCGAAAAUGGUGGCUCGGGAACUAUCAAGCAAUCCCUUGAUGCCAUUGCUUACGGUGGUGUGAUCUCAGUGAUCGGAUUCCUCUCUGCUGCGAAGCAAGAGGAGAUGCCUGAUGUUGCUGGUCUUGCCUUGGCCAAGGGAGCUGUCGUCCGUGGUAUUAUGGUUGGCUCAAAGCAGCAAAUGGAGGAUGCGACUCGGUUCAUUGGUACACACAAUCUUUCCGUGGCAGUGGAGAGGACUUUCAAGUUCGAUCGUGAUCAGGUGGUUGAGGCAUUGAGCUAUCUUGCCAGUGGACAGCACAUCGGCAAGGUCUGCAUCGAUUUUUGA